AUGGCACAUACUGCACUCAAUGAUGACGAAAUUCAGGAAUAUUUCGAUUCACCAGAUGAACUUGACAAGAAAAUCAAAACUUUAGCAAAUUUCAUUCGCAAUGCAAAACAUUUCAUUGUUUACACUGGAGCAGGUAUAUCGACAUCAGCUGGUAUCAAUGAUUUUCGUGGUCCUAAUGGUGUUUGGACAGCUCGAGCAAGAGGUUUUGUUUCAUCGCGAUCGACAGUUUCGAAUCCAGAACCAACAUUGACACAUAUGGCUUUAGUUGAAUUAAUGCGAAAUGGUCAUCUAAAAUUUUUAGUUUCUCAAAAUUGUGAUGGUCUUCAUCUUAAAAGUGGAGUACCAAUAGAAAAAAUUGCUGAAUUACAUGGCAAUCGCCACUGUGAAGCAUGUGCAAAAUGUGGAAAAGUUUAUUAUAGACAAACACAUAUCGAUACAUAUGAACAUAAAACAUGGUUAACAGGAAACAAGUGUAUUGAGCCUAAUUGUAACGGUCGUUUACGUUGUACAACUGUUGCAUUUUCUCAGUCGAUACCAGACAUUUCUUUAGAUCGAGCAACUAAAGAAUCGAAAAUAUGCGAUUUAAGUUUAUGUAUGGGAACAUCAAUGCGAGUUUCACCUGCAUGUGAAUUACCAUGUAUGAAUUUAAAAUCUGGACAAAAAAUGGUUAUUGUUAAUUUACAAAAGACCCCAUAUGAUGAGGAAUGUGCAUUGAGAAUAUUUGCACGAUGUGAUGAAGUAAUGAGUAUGGUUAUGAAAGAAUUAAAUUUAACUAUUCCACGCUAUACUGAUUUAAAAUUAUGGGAAGAUACAGAAUGGAUGAUAGAUUUUGAAGAAAAUUGGCUAUUUCGAACUGCUGGUGAUACAGAUUGGUUUUCUGGUGUUACCUAA